GAGCGACCGUGGGCGGCGGACGGGCAACCGGGUUCCUGGAGAAGCCGAGAUGCCGCGGAAGGGAAAGGACAAAAGGAAAGGCAAGAGCAAAGACAAAGACGAAAAGAAGAAGACAAUAAAAACAGAUGAAUCUGUGGUGGAGAGAGCUAAGGCCAAUGCCUCCCUUUGGGAGGCCAGAUUGGAAGUCACAGAACUCUCUAGGAUUGAGUAUCGUGAUACUUCCCGAAGACUGGCAAAAAGUAACGAGGACUUAAAGAAACAGCAGUAUAAAAUGGAGAAAGACACAAUGUGUAUAUUAAGCCACCUGAAGAAGCAAGAUCAGGAGAAAGAUAAUAUGAUUGAAAAACUCAAACAGCAAUUGAAUGAAACAAAGGAAAAAGCCCAAGAGGAGAGGGAAAAAUUGGAACAAAAGUAUACUGUGCAAAUAAAUGAGCUAGAAGGACGGUUCCAUCAAAAAGCAAAAGAAAUUGCCAUGAUUCAGACAGAGCUGAAAACAGUAAAACAAUUUCAGAAGAGAAAAAUCCAAGUGGAGAGAGAAUUAGAUGAUCUGAAGGAGAAUUUGAGGAACACAGAGCGGAAACAUCAGGAGACUCUUAGAAGGUUGGAAGGCAGGUUUUUUGAAGAAAAGCACCGACUAGAACAAGAGGCUGAGGAGAAGGUAAUAAUGCUGGCAGAGAGAGCCCACCAUGAAGCUGUUAUGCAAUUGAACAAUGCUGGAAGAAGUGUUUUUAAAGAGAAUGUUUAUCUCCAGAAAGCUCUUGCAUACCACCUGAAAGAAGCUGAUGCUCUACAAAAAAACUCUCAGAAGUUGAAAGAGAGUCAGACUUUCCUUUUACAGCAAAAGGAGAUCAAUGACCUAUUGGUUAAAGAAAAGAUUAUGCAAUUUAUUCAGCAGCGAUCACAAAUUCAGGCUCUUCAGAAGAAGGUGAUAAGCUUGGAGACUGCUCUGACUUGUAUGACCAGAGAGUUUGAGACUGAAGUUUUAAAACUGCAGCAACAGGCAAUGAUAGAGAACCAAGCGGGUCAGGUAGAAAUUAACAAGCUGCAGCAACUUCUUCAGAUGAAGGACAGGGAAAUGAAUCGGGUGAAGAAGCUGGCCAAGAACAUACUGGAUGAGAGAACAGAAGUGGAAAGAUUCCUUUUAGACGCUCUACACCAAGUGAAGCAACAGAUCCUAUUUAGCAGGAAGCAUUAUAAGAAGAUUGCACAAGCUGCUUUCAAUUUAAAAAUGAGAUCAGCAUGUGCAGGAAGAACAGAAUAUCCCCAAAUCAGAACAUUUGAUGGCAGAGAGCACAGCACCAAUAGUGUGAAUUGGGAUCUUAUGGAGGCUGAGAAAUGGACAAGUAUUCAAGGAAAUGUGGAUAUUGGAGAUUUGACCUGGGAGCAGAAGGAGAAAGUCUUGAGAUUGCUCUUUGCAAAAAUGAAUGGUUUUGUUCCUAGGAAAUACAGUCAGAGUUUUAGGCCUCCAGUUCCAGACUAUGUUGUUUCUGACAUUGGAGAAACAAAGGAAUUUGGGGAUGAAAGUAAGCUUCAAGAUCAAACCUUCAUCACCCAGCAAGUUCCAGUUUCAGACUCUUCUGGUGAAAUGGUACUACCCAAUAUCCCAAAAGGAUCACAAGAGCCUGACACAGGGACCUUCUGAGAAGAACUGAUGAACAACAUAUGACCCCACAGAAGCUAAUGGCAGG